GCGCGGGCCCCCCCCAAGGUCGUGGACACGGGAGGGGGCUUCUUCCUGGAGGAGGAGGAGGAGGAGGAAGAGCCCGGCGCCGCCGAGAAGAUCGUGCAUCCCCCCGCACCUGUACUAGAAUUUGACUAUCUCAUCUGUGGAGACUGUGGCAAAGAAUUCAUGGAUUCCUACCUUAUGCAGCACUUUGAUUGGGCAACAUGUGAUAAUUGCAGAGAUGCUGAAGAUAAACAUAAGCUUAUAACAAGGACAGAAGCAAAGGAAGAGUAUCUUCUUAAAGACUGUGACUUAGACAAGAGGGAACCAGUGCUCAGAUUCAUUGUGAAGAAAAACCCUCAUAAUUCACGAUGGGGUGACAUGAAACUUUAUUUAAAACUACAGGUAAUCAAGCGUUCUCUUGAAGUUUGGGGUAGUGAAGAAUCAUUGCAAAAAGCAAAGGAACUCCGCCGUGACAGCAGAGAGAAGAUGAAACAGAAGAAGUUUGAUAAGAAAGUUAAAGAACUCCGCCGUGCUAUGAGGAGUAGUUUGUGGAAGAAAGAAGCUAGUAUUCAUGAACAUGAGUAUGGAGCAGAAGAAAACAUUGAUGAAGAUGUAUAUAAAAAGAUAUGUACUGUAUGUGGCCAUGAAUUAACUUAUGAGAAGAUGUAGUGUUAAUCUGUUAAAAGAUAAUUUCAUUAUGUUGUAGUGAUACUUUGUAUUGAAGUCAAAUAAAUCCUAAUCAUGAACAAGCUGUUG